AUGACUGUUACUUCCUUUAAAGACACCAACCUUUUUAAGCCAUUGAAAGUUGGUAAUGUCACUUUAGCUCAUAGAGUUGCUCAUUUGCCCACUACUAGAUUCAGAGCUGCAGAUGAUCACACUGCCACUGAUUUGCAAUUGAAGUACUACGCCGAUAGGGCUGCUACCCCUGGUACCUUAUUGGUGACUGAAGCCACAUCUACAUCGGCCAGAACAGGAUUUUAUCCUAACAUUCCUGCUAUCUGGGAGUCCAAACAUGUGGAAUCAUGGAAGAAGGUAACCGAUGCCGUUCACGAGAAGGGUUCUUUCAUCAGUAUCCAACUUUGGAGUUUGGGGAGAGUGUUCCCCCAUGCUUUAGCUAAAGCCCAUGGUCUUGAGGUUACUUCUGCCUCCGCCACCUAUCCAAGUGACGAGUUUAAGAAAGACGCCGAAGCUGCUGGUAUGAUUACCAGAGCUUUAACUGAGGAAGAAAUCAAAGAUAUCAUUGUCACUGAUUUCACCAAUGCCGCAAAGAACGCCUUGGAAGCUGGUUUUGACUUCAUUGAAGUCCAUUCUGCUAACGGCUACUUAUUGGAACAAUUUAUCCAACCAAGUUCCAACCAGAGAACCGAUAAAUAUGGUGGAUCCAUUGAAAACAGAGCCAGAUUCCUCUUGGAAUUGAUUGACCAUUUGUUAACCAUAGUCCCUGCCGAAAAGUUGGCCCUUAGAUUAUCUCCAUACAACACCUUCCAAGGUACUUUGGGUAAGGAUGAAGCCAUCCACCCAAUCGUCCAAUACGGCUACAUUUUGGAUCAAUUGCAAAAGAGGGCUGACAAAUCAGGUAAGGAAUUGGCUUAUCUCUCGUAUGUUGAUUCAUCCAUUACCGCCACCGAUUUCAAGCAAGACGACGCUGAAUUUGUUAGAGCUUUAUAUAAGGGUGUUUUGUUGAGAGGUGGAGCUUAUUCUUAUUAUGAAGAUGCUAAGGAAGCCAUUGUGAAGGAUGCUCAAGAUGAAAAGACAAUUAUUGGUUUUGGUAGAGUUUUUAUUUCUAACCCUGAUUUGCCAGAGAGAGUCAAGGAAGGCCAUCCAUUGACUCCAUAUGACAGAUCUACUUUCUACACCAAUGAUAACUGGGGUUACAACACUUAUCUUAGAUACAACGAAGAGACUAAGUAUGAUAAGGAGGUUGAAUCCAAAGUCUCACCAAUGUCUCUAGUUGCCAAGGUAUAA